AGUGCUAGGCGCGCGCCUCCCGCCGCCGCACUUUCACUCUCCGCCGCCGUGUCCUCUCCGCGUCCGGCCUCCGUCAGCCCGCAGCCUGCCCGUGCCAUGGAUGCCAAGGUCGUCGCCGUGCUGGCCCUCGUGCUGGCUGCGCUCUGCCUCAGCGACGGGAAACCAGUCAGCCUGAGCUACAGAUGUCCUUGCCGGUUCUUCGAGAGCCACGUUGCCAGAGCCAACAUCAAACAUCUUAAAAUCCUCAACACUCCGAACUGUGCCCUUCAGAUCGUGGCAAGGCUGAAGCACAACAAUAGACAAGUGUGCAUUGACCCGAAACUGAAGUGGAUUCAGGAAUACCUGGAGAAAGCUUUAAACAAGAGGUUCAAGAUGUGAGAGGCGCAGGUUGGGUCAGACGCCUGAGGAAACCUUACAGUAGGAGCCCAGGUCUGAAACCAGUGUUAGGAAGGGCCUGCAGAGGCUUCCCAAGGCCUGGGCAGGGCCGAAUGCAUUUCCAAGGGCUUUGUUUUGCACAGUUUGCCUUACUUUCACCGUUUGAUUAUGUAGCAAAAUAUAUGAUGUUUAUUUUUCAUUUAGUUUGAUUAUCCAAUGUCACUGGUGACAGAUAGCAACUUAGACUAAGACCAUUAUUUUACUUGCUUUAUUGUAAUAUCUUUCCCAUGGAGCCCCAGGUCUGAUUAGGGGUUCCUGAGUUUUGUCGCUCUCUGAGCUGUGCAGGCUGAGACCCCAGACUGAGGGAGCCUUGCCCACAUCAUCAUGUCCUAGGAUGGAGAACCACCAGGAAGUGUCAGGACCAGUCAGCAUGGGCACACCCUAGGACUGCCCUGUGCCGUAAGGGGUGAUGAAGAGUUAGGUUCUAGUGGGCCAGGCGGGAGGCUCACCCUUCCUCCAGGGGAGAACUGGAGUCCGCCUCUUUGGCGAGAUCGCAGGGCUUCCCUGAGCUGAGGCAGCAGGAGUGUGAGGCCAGCGUAGGGUGAGAUGCACCCCUCAUCCUGAGCUCUCCUCUACAUCCCAUCAUGUUCUUCUCAUCAUUCUCUCUCUCAUCCAUCAUCAUGUGUCUCCAAGACUGUCUCCAUGACCCCGGAAAAGGACUCUCUCAAGACCAAAGCUUUAAUUUAAACUGGGCACGAAGAAGCAAACCAAACUGUCUCCUGUUACCGGGUCCUGAAAACACUGUGCACAUCUGUGUCUUGUUUGGAAUAUUGUCUGUUGUCCAAUCCUGUGUUUUUGUUCAAGGCCAAUGUCCUCAGUGCAUGCACUGUCAGUUCCUCGUAUGCAAAGGCUGGGAGUGAGGAGAAGCCCGUCUGGGCCCCUGACCAGGUUUCUGAUGAGGACAACCAUCCUUUGGGGUGGACAGCCUUGGUUUCCCCACUGAUCACAAAGCUGUGGCAGAUCAACAGAGCCCGAGGGAAUUUGGUUUAUAGCAGUGUUGACCUCUGAAGACACCAACCCUCCUGCUUCUAUAGUUAUUAAUAGCUCAGAAACAGAAUUUUGUCUUCAUUGUAUCAAGCCCAGCAUUGCUAUGGAAAUAAGAAAGGAAUUCUCAACUCUUUUGGUUUUGAAAACCCAGUCCAUAAAAUGAUCAGUCUUGGACAUGAAGAUUCCUUCCCAAUUAAAAUUUAACCUCAUCUUCUUCACCAUUGGGCAAUCCCAUUGUCUCUUAUCUUGCACGGUGGCUGCUGGAACUUCUCUGCUGCCCCUGUCUUCUUGUGCUUCUGGGACCUCCAGCAAGACAUUCCCCUUAGAAAAUGAUGGGAUAUUUGGGAAAGUAAGUUAAAAACCCUGCUGUUUAGAGUGUGUCCUUUUACUGAGGGCAGUUUGUAGAGUUGAAUUACAUAGUUUAAAAAUUUCACUUUUUGAAAAGGUAGGCAUUUGAGGGCUUUAUGCUUGUUUUGGUGUUUUUCAUGUGGUCUCACAAAUACUUUUCCCUUUGGAUAAAGAUCUCAGUAAAAUUUUUAAAAUUAAGAAAGUGGAAAAAAAGGACAAAACAAGGAAAUGUAUCAAUUGACAGGACACUGUAAGUAACAUGCAGAAAGUGUAUUAUAGUAAAACAGUCUUGAAUUAUAGGUGUUUAAAAUUUAAUAAUCUUUGAGUUAUCAGUAGCAUGUGUUAGGCAUUUCCAUAGACAUUCCUUUAAAUUGGAUCUUCAUGGUAGAAGGUCAGUCCAUCAACUGAACAAGGAUUCACGUCAAACCAGUUAGUUUACAUUGAAAAAGUAGAGUAUGGGGGCCUUUAUUAGUUAUAAGGGAUACACAACUGGUUUCAAAACCCUCUUGAAAUCAACCUGCCACUACAGGGCUCCUAAAUUAUACAUGAAAUGAUGAAACUUUCAGUGGGAUAGUCAUUUUCCAAGUAAUCCAAGAUAUUUAAAAAUCUCAUGGAAAAUUUGGGAGCAUCUUCCCCUGGAAUCCAUGAACCAGAACCAUUAAAUCUCUUACUCCAAGAAAAUAAACAUGUCCUUAAAUCUUGACUACAGUUAAGGAAAGAAUCAUUUCUGUUUCUCCUCUAUGGUGGGAAAAAUCGAUAAGAGUAGAAACUGCAGAGAAAAUUAUUUGUGUAACAAUUCCUCUACUUGCAAUCUGCCCUAAAAGGAGAUUCCCAGCUAAAGCAAAUAUGCAUUUAAAGAGUCUAUUUGCAAAACAAAAGGCUCUCCAGAUCAGCCUGUUGCUUUCAAAAUACAAGUCAAGGGCAUCAGUUGCUGAGGGGUCACCCAGCUGUUCCUCCUGGUCCAGUGCUGCUUUUCCCUGACCUUCCUUGGGCCCUUAGUAAACUCCAGGGCGGUCCUCCACUGCCAGCCUUUGCAUCAGGACCAGGCCGGGGAGCCUGGGGGACCAGGGCUCACAGACGUGCUGUGUGUUGAAAUCUGAAUCUGUGCCAUGUGUUGUUUGCACUGUUCUUUGUCCAGCUCUGGCCAGGUACUGAGACCCCAGCGAGAAGGCUCAGGAGGGGCCCUCUGCUUGUCUGUCUGUCCUCCAGAGAAAGGAGGUUCUGCUUUGAGCAGAGGCCUGAAUAGUGAAAGGUUGCCAUCCCCCCGUGCGAAGUCCAGAGAACUUCAAAGCCUUUGCAUUGAUCCGAUUUGACCUUCCUUUCUGACCGCUGCCUGGUGUUAUCACCCUGGGCUCCCUCGCUGGGAGUUCACCACCCUUCUCAGGUGGAGCGCCCUUUUGCAGCUGGAUGAGAAUUGUGGGGUCCUUAUCCCUCUACACAUUUUCCCUGACCCAUUCCAAGGGAACCCCAUCCUUGGGAAAUGCUCCCUAGAAAACUUCAAGUCCUAAGCAGACCACUGACACGGCCAAGUUGAAAAAAAUCUCACAGGAAACUUGUUAUUCUGCAGCCUCGCUGGACUCUCAGUCCCUGAGCAGUGAUGGGUCAGUGUUAAAUGUGAUAAAUACUGUAUUUUGUAUUGUUUAAAAUGCAUCUCCCAGAUAAUGUGAAGGUGGCCCAGGAGAAGCUUCCUGUAUGCAUUGUGCUUUUUUUUUUUUUUAACAAGUAACAACUCCUUUUGAGAAACAAUUUCUACUUUGAAGUCAUAUCAAUGAAAAGAUGUAUAUGCACUUAUAAUUUUCCUAAUAAAGGCAUGUAUUCAAAUGUA